CGGGCAAAAUCAGCCCCUUGCGGUCAUUGACGGGUUAAAGCAUCAACAGCUGAUUAUGUUUGUCUGGCUAAAGUCCAUUGCGAAGCAACAUUUGUAUUUUGGACCGGUAAUUUAGUGAUUAAACAUUUCUCUUUUAAGUGAUUUGCACUAAUUGUGAUGUGGGGACUCAUAACAGUCCGACGUGGACAUUUCACCGCCAGGUACUUAAGAUUAUACAGCAAUAGUAUGCAGGUGAAAGUGUCUGUAAAGCAAGGCGUCCUAGUUGGACAACGACAGCAGCUGCCCAGUGGUUUGCAAUAUGAGAGCUUUCUCGGUGUGCCCUACGCCCAACCACCUGUGGGUGAGUUGCGUUUUCGGAGUCCGCUGCCAUUGGAGCGUUUUCCACAGCCAGAGCUGGAUUGCAGCAAAGAAGGCAAUGUCUCGCAUCAGCGGGAUCCAUUUACCCUGGAGGUAGUUGGUUCUGAAAAUUGUCUGUUCCUCAAUAUCUAUGUGCCCAAGAGCAAGUCACAAAAGCCGCUGCCCGUCAUGGUCUGGAUUCAUGGUGGAGGCUUCUGGUUUGGCAAUGGCAACAGAGAUUAUCACUUUCCUGCGCAGCUCAUGCAAGAGGAGGUCAUUGUGGUUACCCUCAAUUAUCGCCUUGGCGCUUUGGGAUUUCUCAGCCUACCAGAACCAGGCAUCUAUGGUAAUGCGGGUCUGAAGGAUCAACGCUUGGCACUGCAGUGGGUGCACGAGAACAUUGCCAACUUCAAUGGUGAUCCACAGAAUGUUACCCUCUUCGGGGAGAGUGCGGGUGGUGCCUCGGUGCAUCUGCACACGUAUGCGGCGCAUGCCAACAAGCUGUUCCACAAGGCCAUCAUGCAGAGUGGCACCGCUAACAUGGAUUGGGUGUUCCAGGAAAAUGCUUCAUUCAAGGCGCGUCGCCUUGGUGAACUGUUGCAGGGCAGGAAUAUAGAGAACGAUAGCAAGUUACUGGAGUUUCUGCAAUCCGAGGCGGCGACGCCGUUGGCAAUGCUGGCGAAAACAUUGGAUGUGUUGACUCCAGAGGAACGUCGUCGGCAGCUGCCGCUGGCUUUUAAGCCCGUCAUCGAAGAUCCAAGCAGUCCGGAUAGCUUCAUAACUACGCCGAUUCUGGACUUAAUGCAUGAGAAGGAGCGCUUGGGAGGCAUGCCUCUUCUAAUGGGCUAUAAUUCGGGCGAGGGCAUAGCCAUGAUUGUGCCUGCCAAGCGUAAGCUGGAGCUUUACAACGAGGAUUUGGCGCGCAUGGUACCUCGCAAUCUAGUUGUAAAAGCGGAAGCACCAGAGGCACUUCAGGCAGCCGAAGAUAUGCGUCAAUUCUACUUCAAUGGACAGGAUGUGACGGUCGAGAACUUGGUCGAUAUCUUCACGGAUUUUUACUUUAACAUCGAUGCUCAGCACGCUGCUGAGAUUCAUGCCAACUGCCAGAGGAGUUCCCCGCUCUACUUCUAUCGCUUCGACUAUGUGGGCGGACGGAAUCUAUACAAAAACCUGUUCCAAGCUAAUGAUUUGCGUGGAGCAUCACACGGCGAUGAACUGUUUUAUCUAUUUCAAAUGGCAGAGGACGAUACUAAGCUGGAGCCUGCGGAUGCGGAGAUGUCGCAACGUUUGUGUCACAUGUGGGCGAACUUUGCCAAGCAUGGUAAGCCCUCAGACAGCUGGACACCAGUACAAAGGCAAAAGAGGAGCGCCAAUGGAGAGCUAGAACCCUUCCAAUUGGACUAUAUGCAAAUUGAUAGGGAAAUCAAAAUGCAACGAAAUCCAGAUGCGGAGCGUAUCGAUUUUUGGCGCAGCAUGUACAAAAGAUAUAGAUCAAAAUGCUAUGCAGAAUUAAGGGCUAAAUUGUAACGGAUAUUUACCAGAACUAUAUAUACCUCUGAUAUUGCUA